AUGCAAACAUCCCAAGAAACCUUGCCAAAAGCCCCACCAGAUAGACCACUAACACACAAUGCCAAGGAACCAACCACAGGAAAAAUUCACAAUAAAUUUUCCUGGGUAAGAUCAUCUCUCAGCAGAAAGAGGGAGAUAGGACAAGAUAAGACGCGUAAUAUAUCUGAGCUAUUUCCUUUCCAAGGUGGUGUAAAUGUCAACAAUAAUAACGAUGAUUAUAAUAGAAUUUUAUUGAGUGAAACUGAAAACAAUAAUUAUAUUUCUGGUGAGAGUACAAGAACAUUUUUAUCAGAAAAUAACAACGACAGUUCUUCCCAAUUCCAACAGUUCCCAGAUCCACCAUUGCUGCCAAAUGUAAUGUCAGCAACUGCAAACUCUCCAGACCGUUUUGAAUUGGCCACUAAUGUGGAAAAUAAACAUUUUGCCAAUUGUAAUGAUUCAAACUCAAGCAUGGUCCUCACUGAAGACUUCCUUUUUCCCUCUACAAGACUCCAUUUUAAAGAUGUAACGUUGAAUUCCCUAAAGAAAAGGUUGGUUGCCAUUUCCCAAAGAAAAAUUGAAACUUGUAAGGAAAAUAAGAAGUUCUUAGGUGAUUUAUCAUAUUGGGGAACACAUAAUAUUUCAACAGAAUACGACACGGCAAGAUUAGUGAGAGAAGUGCAAGAAUUAUUUAAUCAAGACCUGAUAUUUGAACAAAAUAUUGUAAGUGCGUUAAACAAAUUGAUUGUGGCUUUGGAAUUUGUGGCAAAGAGAGAAUCUGAAUUAAUAAGUGAAAGAAAGAUAUUGCAAUCUGACAUUAAGAAAUAUCAGAAAAGCAAAGAUAAAAGAGGGGAAUAUAAUGAAGAAACGAGAUUUUUACUGGAGAAAUUACAUUCUACUCAAAACCAUUUUGAAAAUAUUAAAGUCUUAUAUCAAAAGGGAAUUUCCGUAACAACUAGAAAAUUAUUUAAGGAUUUGGGAGUUGAAUAUUAUGAUAGGGCCUCUGACUUAAAAGAAGCAUCCUCUAGAUUUAUUAUCAAUUCUCUUUCAACAUUAGAAAAUGUAAAUCCAGAGGAUUUUGAACAAGAGCUGGAUGAUUUAAGACGUAGAAGGAUUUACAGAGUGUGGCAAAAACUAACACCAAACGAUAAAAUAAAUUCCCGUAAACUGGAAAAUAUUAAAACCGGAGUGUAUGAUUGCAAUGACUCAUUGUUAAAAGAUAUCUAUAAGAAAUUACCGGAGGAAUAUACACCAAUACCACCUGAACCGAGUGGAAAUCAACCAGUAUUAAAAUUUCCAUUGAAUGGAUUUGAUGAAACCGUCUCUUUUCUUCCUUCUAAUACAGAUAAUCCCAUAACAACAAAAGCAUUCUUAUCUGAGCCCAAUGAAAAAUAUGCAAUUAAGGAAAAUAAUGAAUUUGAUAAUUUGAACGUUUUUGUUGAAGGAAAUUUUUCGAGGAAACUGGACAGUGUUUCGACAGAAGGGACUUUAAGAAGAACACUAAAACCAACAGAUCAAAAAAAAGACAAUUUAAAUUUAAGUCAAACAUUCGAUGAGGCAGAAAGGAUGUUAAUUGAUAAUCCUUUUGUUGAAGUAUCAAAAGAUUCUAUAGAAAAGUAA